AUGUCUUCGAUAUCUGGUGCCUGUAUGGUAUCGAAGAUCUCAGGUAUGAUUCAUAUCAGAGAAGAUACUACUCCGCUGGUCCUAGAAUGGAAUGCAAUAGAUCAACUGAAAUCAAUAUCGAUUCCUUUGAAUUCAUUAACUAAUCUAAGAGCUUCUAAAGAAACAGUACCCAAGAUGAUAUUGCUGGUUUCGUACAAGUUAAACAAUGAAGAUAAAGAGCUAAGACUUACCUUCACUAAUAGGCCUACAAUGAACAAUAUUAAAGAGUCUCUACAAACCAUUGUUGCUAGACAGAAAACAGUCAUCAAAGACAGUCCUACUCCAGUACCCAGCUCAAGUGCUCCAGGAACCCCAGUACCUCUGUCAAGUGCUAAUUCUGGUAGUUCUACAUCAACGUCAAAUCUGAUGUCAUUCACUAAUCCCCAAUCAUUAAGUGAUCAGAGUCUUUUAAAAAAUCAUCAAUUACAACAGAAAUUACUAUUGGAAGAUAAAAACUUGAGAAACACAUUCACCCAGUCUGUCAUUAACUUCAAGUUAUCGCCAAAUGUGUUUUGGCUGACAAGAUUGAACCAAUUAAGAACAUAUGCAUUAACUAUAUCCCAACAGAAAGGUCCGUACAAUGUACUAUCGACAAUUAAGCCCGUAGCAUCAUCAGACAAUCAAGUGAAUGUCAAUGUAACUAGAGAUACUAUAAAUGAAAUAUUCUCUACUUACCCGAUAAUUAAAAAGGCAUUCGACGAUUUAGUUCCAGCGAAAUUUCCAGAGGGAGAAUUUUGGUCAAGGUUCUUUAACUCUAAAUUGUUUAGACGGUUGAGAGGUGAUAAGAUCAAUACGUCUAACGAAAGGGGUGAUUUUGUAUUAGAUAAAUACUUAUACAUCGAUCUGGAUUUCCUUGAGAAUGAGGUGAAUGAUGAGUCAAAUAAGAAAAUUAAGUUGCAGGAUGAAGUACAAGUCAAUAAGUUUUUGGAUCUUUUAGGAAAUGAAGAGGACAACUCUCAAAAGUUAGGAAAUAUGCCCGAUAUAACUAUGAGAUACUCAGAUGAUGUGAGUAAGCAAAAUGCAUUAUUAAAUCCAACUGUGCGAGGUAAAACUCCGCAAAAGGGACAGGAGAAUGAAAUGAUCAUUCUUAUGAAGAAUAUGAACAAAUUAUCAUCCAAAAUGGUACAUAUGAGUGGAGCAGCUGAAAGUCAUAAAACUCAGGAGGGUGGCCUAUCGGUAGCAGAAGUGAACGAAUAUGAAGAAGAAUUAAAUCUACACGAUUUAAAUGAAAUAGAAGACUUGAAGUACGUUGAACUUAAUAUCAAUACCAAAAGCAACAGUAUGUUUGUCGACUCUCAAGAAGAUAGUAUACAGAAUGUGUCUCCGGAAGAGUUGUCAUCGUUCUUGUCUGGAAACUCGUUCCAACCACAGGUCAACGGCAUUAAUCUUACUGAAACGUAUUCUUCUAAAAAGGACGAAAUAAAUAAAUCUGCUAGUGAUAUAACAACUUUGAUCAAGCAAAAUUCCAGAACUUUCAAAUUGAUAAAUCAGUCAUCCAAGGAAUCCAAUGAGAACUCAAUCGUACCUGAAUCCAUGAUUCAAGAAAUCAUAACAUACAAUAUUACAAUCAUGGAAUUUUUAUCUCAAUUUUGGAAAUUGUUCUUAAACGGCACUAACCCAAAUCAAUUAAAGAAGAUAUUUACAAGUUUAAAGAAUUGUAAAAUCUCCUUGAAUCAAUUAUCAGAGAAAAUUACUAGUACGAUUAAUAAUAGUACUUUAAUUCAAGAUAAACCAAAGUUGAAAGAAAAGUUAUGCAAAGACUUAGCAACAUGCAUUAGCCCGCUUCAAAAUGGUCUUGAUAAAGCAUGCAGUGAUUACAUUAAAGCUGUGAGACUGUCUUCAGAAACAAACGAAAAUGGAAAAAGAUCACUAGAAUAA